UCGAGACCUCAUCCAGACCACAUCCAGACCACAUCCAGACCUCAUCCAGACCUCAUCCAGACCGGAGACCCACGUCUUUUAACGACAACCUCAACACAACAAGAUGUCGGCAGCUAAAGGCGUCGCCAUCGGCAUCGACCUGGGCACCACCUACUCCUGCGUGGGCGUCUUCCAGCACGGAAAAGUGGAAAUCAUCGCCAACGACCAGGGCAACCGGACCACGCCCAGCUACGUGGCGUUCACCGACACCGAGAGGCUCAUCGGGGACGCGGCCAAGAACCAGGUGGCCUUAAACCCCAGCAACACCGUGUUCGAUGCCAAGAGGCUGAUUGGCAGAAAGAUCGACGACCAGGUGGUGCAGACCGACAUGAAGCACUGGCCCUUCGAGGUGGUGGGAGACGGAGGGAAGCCCAAGAUUCAGGUGGAGCACAAGGGGGAGGCCAAGACCUUCUCCCCGGAGGAGAUCUCCUUCAUGGUCCUGGUGAAGAUGAAGGAGAUCGCCGAGGCCUACCUAGGCCAAAAGGUGUCCAACGCCGUCGUCACGGUGCCGGUGUACUUCAACGACUCCCAGAGACAGGCCACCAAAGACUCCGGCGUCAUCGCGGGACUGAACGUCCUGAGGAUCAUCACCGAGCCGACGGCGGCCGCCAUCGCGUAUGGGCUGGACAAAGGCAAGUCGGGGGAACGCAACGUCCUGAUCUUCGACCUGGGCGGCGGCACCUUCGACGUGUCCGUCCUGACCAUCGAAGAUGGGAUCUUUGAAGUCCGAGCCACGGCCGGAGACACUCACCUGGGCGGAGAGGACUUCGACAACUGCGUGGUGGACCACUUCGUGGAGGAGUUCAAGAGGAAGCACAAGAAGGACAUCGGCCAGAACAAGAGGGCCUUGCGGAGGCUGCGCACCGCUUGCGAGCGGGCCAAGAGGACGCUGUCCUCCAGCUCGCAGGCCAGCGUCGAGAUCGACUCUCUGUUCGAGGGCGCUGACUUCUACACCUCCGUCACCAGAGCUCGCUUCGAGGAGCUGUGCUCCGACCUGUUCAGGGGAACGCUGGAGCCCUUGGAGAAAGCCCUGAGGGACGCCAAGAUGGACAAGGCGCAGAUCCACAAAGUGGUCCUGGUCGGCGGCUCCACCCACAUCCCCAAGAUCCAGAAGCUCCUGCAGGAUUUCUUCAACGGCAAGGAGCUGAACAAGAGCAUCAACCCCGACGAGGAGUAA